AUGGUCAUGGAGGUCGAACAGAAAAUCGAUGAUGAUGAACUAGAAUCAAUGGCCAUUGAGGUGGAACAACAAAACAGUUAUGAAGAUGAUGAAUUCAAAAGCGAUGAUCAUGACUCGUUUUCCUCAGGUUCCGAAUUUGAUGAUGCUUCCCCAUUAGAGGAUUUGGAAGGAAGAAUGAAUAUUGCCAUGUCUAACAGUGUUACAACAGAAAUUCGUGGAUGUGUGAAAGAGAUGGCCAUUGGUAAAACUAAAACUAAUGACAAAGCCGACCGAGCCACUGUUGAGAAUGCAAUUGAUCCCAGAACGCGCAUGGAAAUAUACAAGAUGAUGAACAAACGUUGGUUUCAAGAUUCCAAUGGAUGCAUUUUAACUAGAAAAGAAGCAAAUGUUUAUCAUGCUACAAAAUCCGAUGGUCGAGAACUUGCAAUUAAAAUAUACAAAACAUCUGUUCUGGCAUUUAAGGAUAGAGCUAGAUAUGUGAAAGGAGAUCGCCGGUUUGAAAACGAGUACUGUGGGUCUAAUCCCCGAAAAAUGGUAAAAACAUGGGCAGAAAAGGAAAGGAGUAAUCUUUCGAGGCUAAAGGCAGAAGGAAUUAGGUGCCCUAAACCAUAUCUUCUGAAGCAACAUAUCCUUGUUAUGGAAUUUAUUGGAAAGGAUGGUUGUGCCGCUCCACGUCUCAAAGACGCAGAUUUAUCUUUAGACAGGCUACGGGAAGGCUAUGUUGAGAUGAUUGUUGCAAUGCGGACAUUAUAUCAGAAGUGCAGAUUGGUGCAUGGCGACCUCAGUGAAUAUAAUAUACUUUAUAAUGAGGGUCACUUAUAUAUUAUUGAUGUUUCUCAAGGGGUUGACCUUGACCAUCCUCUUGCUUUUGAGUUUCUGAUUGAAGACUGUAUUCACGUAUCCGAUUUCUUUAAAAAGCAUGGUGUAGGUGUCAUGACAAUAGUAGAACUGUUUGUUUUUAUUUUUGAUGCAUUGAUUGCCGACGAUGCUGUGGAUAGUUAUUUGGAAGAGGUGCAACAAAAACUUUUGGCCAGAGGAGAUGUAUCGAUAGAGGAUGAGAAUGCAGACCGUCUAUUUGCGAAGGAAUACAUUGCAAAUAAACUUGUCGAUGUUAAGACAAUGAACGGCAAAGACAUUUUAGAUUUGUAUUAUCAGACAAUUCCUGGACUUUUAGUUGCCGCAGCUGCAGGGCCAAACAAUCUAUUAGAUGAUGCCGAGUCUCAACCCAGUGAGGACAAUGGUGACAUAAGUGAUUCUGAAGAGAUUUUAUAUUCUGAAAGUGGUUCAGAUACUCAAGAGAAGAAAGAUGCUAGAAAAAAAGCUAGGAAAGAAAAUAAAAAGAAGGUGAAAGAAGAGAAUAAAGAAAAAAGGAAAAAGAAAAAACUGAGGAAAAUAGAGAGAAAAUUGUCUAAAGCCCCCAAGACCAGAUAG